CUUUGAAUGAGAGAACAGUUAUUUCCGAGCUGUCCCAGAAGGCGUCGCGGGCUCCUUGCCCCGGAUGACAACAAAAGGAACUUAUCCUCCGGAGGAACACGGACGUGGGAGGUUAGAGGAGAAGCGCAGAGCAGGAUGUGAGCAAGAACAGCAGCAUGGCCAACUCCAGUUCUCCUGAUGCGGCUGCAGCUGGAGCCCAGGCGCUGCAAGCGGAGGUGAUGGAGAGUCCUCUGCAGACUUAUCUCCUGGGCAUCCUCGUCUCCAUAUGUGGGAAUGUCCUCAUCAGCAUUUCACUCAACAUACAGAAAUACGCCCAUGUCCGACAGGCUCAGCGGGGCUCCCAGCCCUACUAUACCUCGGUGAUGUGGUGGUGUGGUGUGGUUCUGAUGGGUGUCGGGGAACUGGGGAACUUUGCUGCCUAUGGCUUUGCCCCAGCAUCACUCAUAGCCCCUCUGGGCUGUGUGUCUGUGAUCGCCAGCGCUGUCAUCUCUGUGUUUUUUCUGAAGGAGACCAUUCGGGCUUCGGACAUCGUUGGUGGCACCCUGGCCAUCACUGGAACAUACCUUCUGGUGACCUUUGCCCCCCACACUUCCACACACAUCACAGCUCAUCUGGUCCAGUACUACGCCAUCAGCUGGCACUUCCUUCUUUACCUUUUUCUAGAGGUCGUCGUCUUUUGCUUCCUGCUCUAUCUGUACAAGAGGAGAAACGUGAAGCACAUCAUUGUUGUGAUGCUGCUGGUGGCCCUGCUCGCUUCUCUCACAGUCAUCUCCGUCAAAGCCGUGUCGGGGAUGAUCACAGAGACCAUAAAGGGCCAGCUGCAGCUCAUCUACCCCAUCUUCUACGUCAUGCUCGUCGUCAUGGUGACCUCCUGCGCAUUCCAGAUCAAAUUUCUCAAUCAGGCAAUGAAAAUGUUUGAUGCUACAGAGGUGGUUCCUAUCAACUUUGUGUUCUUCACGGCGAGUGCUGUCGUGGCAGGGAUCGUUUUCUACCAGGAAUUUGAGGGCUUGGCUUUACUGAAUAUAUUUAUGUUCUUAUUUGGCUGUCUCCUGUCCUUUGUUGGAGUUUUCCUGAUAGCUCAAAACAGACCCAAGGUAAAGCAGCUAAGUCAGAAUUUUAUCUGCAUGGACAGAGUUCCAGGGAGAAGUCACACGGACCAAGUGCAGCCGGAGGCUAAGACUCGGACAUGCGGAUCGCUGGGGGCCAACCUCCUGUGCAACAGAGCCGGCCAAACAGACGAUCCCUAGGACCAGCUGCGCCUGUCGGGCUGCUGCUGCUGCUUUAGCUCUGGUCCAGCAGAGUGGUAUAGAGACAGACGUGUUUUCUGGUCUCUACCUGGUUAACUCUCCUCAUGAGGGAACAGAAGACUCAUCUCCUCCAGAUGAAACUGCAGAAUCAAAAACUUGUAUUUUUAGGACAAGGUUACGUUUUAAUCUGACAGAAUAAACUGGUCUGAGUGCAGAAGGUGGUGAGGUCUCUGUCCUCAUGUAGAAGACUACUGCCCCCUACAGGUCAGACAGGGACACUGUUGAUCUGGUCUUAGAUCCACUUCACUUAAAACGACUAAAGGUCUGCAGGACUGUCUAACCUGUUCAGAGCCACUAACACUCCAACUUCACAUUUGUCCUUCAAGUCCACGAACGCUCGUCUCCUAACUCAUCUUAGUGUGUGGCUGCACCGCCCAUCUGUAGUGUUGCCAAGCAACAAACACUAUCUGCCACCUACACAUUAUGGGAUGUGUGGGAAACCACAGCUCAACACAGACCGCUGCUGGAUGCUUUCAGGAGCAACAGACACGUUCACCAAAUGUUCUUUAUUUGUUCAGAAAAAGCAACACUGAGGAUCCGAAGCAGACGAGCAUCAUUUAAAAAUGUCUCCCCGUGACUUCUCAGUGGAAAGCAAAUCUGCAUGAUUGCAAAGUUUUGAAAGCAAAAGCCUAUGUGUGUUUCCAUCAGCAGCAGAAUAACCCUAACCCUGCUUUAUCACACCUCAACGUUGACCUUAGCAAAGCGGUAGUGCAGGGAGCCGGGGUUGCGCAGAAGCAGCGUUCCUCGGUGUUCCCCCGCCUGCUUCAGGAGGGUGUUCAGGAGACCCGGGACACUGACGAAGCCCAGAGCCUCCCCAUGGCCUGCACACAGAGAGAAGUCCCCCUGAGUGGUCCAGCCCAGGGUCACGCGGGAACAGUGGGACGUCACGCUGGGUAGAGGAUCCGGCCAAAGUCCGAAGAUGAGGUCUGAGUCAGGCGUAGAGCGGGGCUCUGGAUCGUCACUCUUCAAGCUUUUUUUCUGUGGUUUGAUUCUGCUUUUGAAGUGGUCCCUGUGUGGGGGCUCCUGGAGGUCUUGGUGCUUGCCCAGCAGCUUCAGAUCUUCUGCAGUUGGCACACACACCAUGGAAUGGAGCUCCGGUCUUCCCUUGGACAGCAGCGACAGGCGCACCCACACCAGACUCAUCCCAUGAGCUGAGAGAAAAGAAGUGACGGCCGACUGGCUGAGAGGCAGGAGCUCACGGUUCAGCCUCCUUCCUGUGGAGGUGGUUGGUCUGCACCAACCAGAGAGAAGCCUCAGAGACUUCCUGUUCCUGGGAGAGAAAUAAAACAGCAAACUUAGAGUAGGUGUUGAGCCUCCUGAUGGGGAGGUGACUUCUGCAGGAGCAGCUCCUGGUGGUCACUGACAUGACUCAUCAGGGACAUGAAGAGAGGGUGGUGGUGGUGACUGUAGUCCUGGGUCUGAACACAAGGACUAAUGCUGCUUUCACAUCUGGGCCGGCCCGGUCUAGGCAAUGUGGGUUCCGGCCUGGAUGGGAACAGCCUUCUCAAGAACGCAGAGAUCCUUAAGUGACCAAGGUCGCCUGAGGUCUGUGGUGCUGUGGAGGCUCUUGUGCUGCUGCAGUCAGAGCAGAUGUUUCCUCCGCAGCACCCAGCAUGAGGAAGCCCCGCUGGCAGAUCGGAGGUUCUCUCUAAAGGUAGGCAUGAAUUUCAGCCAGCCAAUCAGCCCCAGCGGGUGUGCAGGGUCACCUCAGCACCAGCCGGACCUCAGAGGCUACCAGCCAGAUGUGAAAGCGCUCCAGCUGCUGGGGUGUGACUCGGGUGUUGGAGAGAGUAAAAUAAAACCAGAACAAAGACAAACCGUUACCUGAGAACAAUAAAGAGGCUCAGAGGCUUCGCCACAGACAUCUCGGCCGGCUCAUCUCCUCCUCCCCUAGUGAGGUGCUCCCACUCCUCUGCCAGCUGUUGCCAAGGGCAACGGAAGGGAGCCAGGCAGCCAUGUUUAAUGUAAUUGGUCCUUUUGGCUGGCGGAUGCCUGGGGGAGAGGUUAGAGAAUCAUACCUUGUCAAACCGACGGGGAAACCCCACCAAGAGACUAUGGAAAUGAUCUAGAUAAACCUAACCCCACAGUCAGGUCUGGGUAAGGCCAACUAACCCUAGCCCACUCUGUCCUCGGCUGACCUUUUAAAUUUGUCCAGGAACUCUGCUUCCUGCUCCUCCUGAAAACGGAUUCCUGCAGGGCAGUCAGGAAAGUCAUGUGGAAAGAUGGGAGCUGCUUUACUGUGAGAGUGCUUCAGACCCAUGUGGAGCCCUGCCACCCGGACUCCUCUGUACACCUGCAGGGGGGACAAUUGGAUUUUCAGCUCCAGCAUCAUUUAAUAAACAGAAUCCAUCUAAACCAGUUUGGCUCCGUGUGAGGGUCUCCCAUCACCAUGGAGCAGGGUUCUCCAGCAGGAACGGCUCGUUUAGGGUCAAACGUUCUCCUUCAGGGUGUUCUGCUACUUUGCAGCUGUGACGCACAGCAGCUCCAGACCAUCACCCUGCCACCACCAUGUCUGACUGCUGCUGUGAUGUUUCAGUUCUCGCUGGCCUAGUUUGGUUUGGACAGCGUUUCUUUCACUAAUUAAAUCAUGUGACACC